UACCUCGGAGAAAGCCCCCAAAAUAACAUAGAAACAACUAUGGAGAAAAUCUCUGCAGCACUCGCCAUGGAAUGGAGUAUCGAACUCGAGAAAGGACUUCGGUCGAAAACCCCCGGUCAGUCUGUUGAGGCUAUAUUACGGUUUGUCCCUAGACUUGAGCAGUGGAGCAAGGAGCCUUGCCAUACAAUGGGGGUAUUGAGCAUGUUUGGUUUGGUUCCUGGGCAGGAUAGGCUCUUUGCAAACACUAUCCUUCUUCGGCUUGCAGAGGCAUUUAGGUGUGGGGACAAACUUACUCGGCUUUCUGUUGUAAAGGUUUUCCUCUCAGAGCUGAGGUACUGUAGAAAGAGAGGUAAACAAUACAACGGAGUUCUGGCAAGGAAGAGGGUUCCCAACCAUUUAGAACUGCUUAGAAGAGUGAAGAUAGUUUUUGACACUGGUGAUGUUGAAGCUCGAGCACUGGCUUUAUGUCUCCUUGGUUGUUGGGCUGAUUUUGCCAAGGAAAGUGCUGAAAUACGUUAUAGGAUACUGUCAAACCUGGAAUCAUGCCAUGUUUUGGAGGUAAAGGCAUCGUUAUUUGCUGCAGGUUGUUUAUCUGAGUUGUCAGAGGAGUUUGCAUCCGUCUUUUUGGAGAUACUUAUUAAUAUGGUGAAAUCACCAAAACUACCUCCUGCUGUACGGCUUGCAGGGAUUCGUGCAUUUGCUAAAAUGGGGUGCUCAUCUUUACUUGCAAGUAAAGCUUACAAGGCAGGUCAAAAGCUUUUGAUGGAGUUUUCAGAGGAGAAUUAUGUUGUUGUGAUGUUAAUUUCACUCUCGCAACUUGCUUCAAAGUCGGUGAUCUUGAUUUCUAAGCAGAAAGACUUCUUAAUAUCAAUUCUCUCCAGAGGAUUUUCUUUACAUAUCCACGCAAUAGCAUUACGAUGCUUGUGCUUCCUUGCCAGGGGAGGAAUCUGUCGCCUUGCUGUUGAUGCAAAUUUACUCCAGAUAUUAUUUCGUCUGGUAGAUAAACCUGACUUAAACCCCACAAUGCAAUGUGAAGCUCUAUGGAUAUUACAUAAGCUGCAGAUUUUCCAGUGCACCCUGCCAAAUUUUCGUUGGAUGGGCGUGCCUGAAUUUGUUGAGCUGGUGUCUGUUGUUGAAAAAGCAGCUCAAUCUCCAGUGAGGUCAAAGAGGUUUUUGGCCCUCUCUCUUCUAGUAGAUAUAUCAUGUAACUUUAAAGGGAAGAUGGAAAUGGUAUCUGAUGUUGAUAGUUCUUUACUCCCUUCAAAGAUAGUUAUUUUAAUUAUAGAUCAGAUAAUCUUGUUGGUAAAGAAGCCUUAUUGCUUAGACUCUGAGAUGAAGAAAGAAUGUCAAAGCUUACUCCAUCUUGUUCUUCGUCUGGUUGAAGAAUAUCCAGACUUGGGGACUUUGGCACUGGAUAAAAUAAAAUUCUCAAUACAGUCGUUGAUCAGUAUGCACAACGAAGGCUGGAGGACAAAAGAACCAGAUUCUGUUUCUAAGAUUGUGGGGAUUGAACUUGUAAGAGGCAGUUCCCUUGCUGCAAAGAUUGGCCCUUGCUUGUACAGGUUUGCAGUGGCUUGUCUUGAAGUACUAGAUGAAGCCUGCAUUAUGUCUGUUGAAGUACUUGGUAAUGCGAAGCUUCUGCUCGAGCUUUUACACCAAAGCAACCUAUUUAAUCAUAGUAUAUGCUCUGUUUAUCCACUUCUCUUGCAGUAUCAUGUUAUGUGGAAUUCCAUGACCUACAAUCUUGACAAGGGCCUGAGUAUAUCUCAGAAUGAUUACUGGGUUGAGCAUGAAAGGCUUACUCUUGAAUUUGCCAAGGAGAUGAUCACUAGAAAUGAUACUUGGUCUGCAUACAAAGCUGGAAAGUAUGCAGCAUGUCAUGGAGCGUGGUUUGCAUCAUUGUUCAUAUUUAGAAAAUUAGCAAAUAAGGUUCAAUCAGAUUCAUGCCUUUGCUGGUUAAAAUCUCUAGCUACAUUAGCCCUCGCUGAAAGCAAAAUCCUCUUGCUUCUUUUCCCAGAAGAAAGUCUCCAAUUAGUAAAAGAAUUAGAGAUAAAUGGAACUUUGGCAGAGGAAGCUGUGCAACAUGUUUCUACUGAUGCUAACUUUCUCGAAUGCGGUGAAAAGAUAGCUGGGGCUUAUAGCAGUGUUUGCUCUUCAGAGGAAUUUUUGUCAGCUACGAUCAUGCCUGAUCAAGCAUUUUAUUUCCAAAGGUGGUUUUUAUGUCUCAGAUCUAAGGUUCUAGAAACUGUGGCUGAUAUACUCCGACUCAUAGGCACUAGUCCAUAUAACCAGAAAAGCAUUGGGAGCAAUGAACAAAUUCAAGGAAGUAAUGAGUCCAAGUCUGGUUUUGCGGGACACUCACAACAUAUCCACUCUUUGAUUCACUUCCUCUUUCAGUUCUCUUGUCGGUUUAACAAGUUGGCAAAAGAAUUUGAUCUUCUUGCAACGUCUUUCAUGGACUUGGACAGUAGAAGCUUCAACACUAUUUCAGUACUUGCACUUAAUUGUUCGCUAUUGGCCUUCUGUACUGGCUUUGUUUUAUACUUCCCAAAUCUGCAGUAUUACAAGAAUUCUAUUACUUGUGUUUUGGAGAUGACCGAAAAGUUUUCACAUUCCAUGUUGAUACAAGAUCUAAUUGAGCGGGUGUGGCAUGUGGACUAUGAGAGCAGUAAAAAUUUGAAGCUGCUCUUGACAGUUAUUGGAGGGCCUAAUAGCUGCUUCCACUUCCAACCUAGGAGUUUAUUAUCUAGUCCUGGCCAUAGAGAAAGAAAUAUUCUAAUGCUUUGUAGGUAUGCUGUUUUAGGUGUCCUCCAGUUGCAUGAACAAGCCAAGGUAGUGAACAAUGAUGAAGAUCUGUGCCAAUUUACCGGUGCCUGCCUGCAACUUAUUUCUGAUUUACUAAAGAAAUGGAUGCACAUUCCAUUUUGGACUCCCCGGUAUUUCUUUCAAGUAAGGCCAUGUAUAGGUGCAGAGCUCUUUGCUUUCAAUGCAGACACUCAAGACCCGGGUGAAUUGUCCAUCUUGCAGGGCUUCCAUCUCUCAUUGAAUCUCUGCCUUCAAUUGAAAAAUGCACCAGGUUUCCUUCCUGUCCAAGUCACCAAAUUGUACUGUAUACUUAGUUGUAGGGCAUCUGAUUGUGUAACAAUUGAAGGUGUAGAAAAUAAAGGGCAAACCCAGUUGGGUUUUCGAGGUUGGGAAACAAGCGAAAUGGUGGAUUUAAAUGAAGAGCUGCUGUGGCAUGUGAAAGAAGGUAUUGUGAAUGGCAAAAAGCAUGGUAGGUUUAGUAAUGGUUUUGGAGGGUCUGCACAUGCUUUCAUGUGUUUUGAACUGAAUGAUAGCAGGCAAGGGUUCUCCACUUGCUUGCUUGAUGUUUCUGCUUUUCCAGUUGGUUCCUACAAAAUCAAAUGGCAUAGCUCUUGCAUUGACAAUCAAGGUUCCUAUUGGAGUUUACUCCAUUUGAAUAGUGGUCCCAUUUUUUCGGUCAAGAAGCCACUUGUUUCUGGUUAAUUUAUUACAUAUCCUUUCAAAUU